AUGUACACCCACAAAACCAGAACCGACACCGUCUCCAGCGCCCUCAGCCGCACCUCGCGCCGCAGCGAUGAAUCCUACACCUCCACCACCAGCACCGCCGCGACCUCGGUAUGCGACGACCACCAGCACCAGCCCAGCUUCGCGCCCCUGACGCGGCAGCAGCGCCUCCGCCACACCAGCACGCGCAUCUUCCACGACAGCCGCCGCGACAGCGCGAGGAGUUCGUGUUCAUCGAGUCGUCGGUCUUCUGGGGCGGAUUUCUAUGCUGAGCCGGAGGAGUAUGGGGAAGAUGAUGAGGAUGAGGAUUACACCUCUCCGGAUUACACCACCAACGACGACGACAUCCCCGCCCAACCCGCGUCCACGACGCCUGUCCCAACGACACCGCAUGAUUUCGCAUCUUUCUUCCCCUCCCACCGCCGCUUGACGAUCGCGCACGAUACCUCGGCGGAGGAUAUGGCUAUGAACCUCGUUAUCUCCACUACACCCGAGGGGGGCCUGAAGACGCCGAUGCAGCUCUUUCAUCUGCGCAUGCAUGAUGUCCCCACGCGGGCGUUUAGUCUGCGCAGGUAUUGUCGGGAGUCGGGGAGGGAGGUGUGUCAUAGUGUUUUGCGCCAGGGAGGGGAGAAGGUGAAGCAGCAGAAGAAACCUACUAAACAUCCUAAGCUGCAGAGGUCUAUGUCUACCGCCCUCGCGACCGUGACGAGGGGUGGUGUCAAGCGUGCUGACUCCUGGGGCGCUUCUUCCAACUAUAACAAAUCCUCCUUCCCGCCUCAAUACCCCACCCCUCUCCUCACGAUCCCCACACGCCACGACUCCGGCUACGCCACCAACUCAGAUGACGACGACGAUUUCUCCUCCUCCUCUUCUGACUCCGAGAACGACGAAGAGGAGAUGCCAAUCCCUUCAUCUCUCCCCGGCAAAAAUGGAAAAAAGGGGAAGACAAACACCACACACCUCGAAUUCUCAAACUACGCACACGUAGACCUCACCCGUCGCGGGUCGGCUGGAAAGGGGAAACGGUGGGAUUUCGAGUACUGGGGUACACCCUACAGCUGGAAGCGAGAGGGGGAAUCUUAUCACCUCGUCCCCACGUCCAACUCCUCGGGGAACAACGCAGGGGCCGUGGCGCAUAUUGUGCCUGACGUGCUCACACCCUCCCAGAUCCGCGAAGAAGAAAAGGAGGGGGGCUGGAUCCCGAAAUGUAGUUUUUGGAUCUCGGACCCGAAAAUACUUAGGGGGGGGGAUGUGGCGGAUGUGGUUGUUGCGACGGGGGUGUUGGCGUUGGUGGAUGAUAAGGCGCGCGCCGCGAGCCGGAGACCGGCCGCGAGGUAUAGGAGGAGUAUUAAAGUCCCGAUGAGUCCUGUGAAGUUGGAUCUUGAGGUUGUGACGCCGAGAGAGAUGAUGAGGAGUGUUUUUAGGAGGGGGAGUAGGGAUGAGAGGCCUGGAACGGCAGGGGGGAGAGUGGGGAGGAGGGAGGAAAGCAAGUUGAGGUUUGGGAGGGCGGUGGAGGCUUGUUAGGAUGCAGUAUAUAAAAAGGGGAGGAUUUGCACAUAUUACGGGAGGAAUGGGGGGGUACGAGUUAGAUAUUAUACGAACGGUAGGUGGGUGGGAACGCUGCUUUUUGGGCGUUGCGGGGAAGGGAUACUCCUAUGCCCCUCACGGGGGUAGGAUGGGUUUAUGAUUCUUACGAUCCGAUAUGAUAAGGUUUAUGAUAGAUAAUGAUGAUACUAGUAUAUUUCGCUACUCAAACAAGUCGUUUGACCUGAC